AGCCUGACAAACAGUCAGAAAUAUUUGAAUGCUAUCGCGUUCCACUCUUAAAGGCGAAGCAAUUUCAAUCGCCAGGUGUUCGUGUGGUGCCGGCGCCAGUUCAGAGAUGGCUUCGUCCAGCCACAUCGUGGAUGAUUUUGAGAACUCUUUUCAGGCAUGUCUGGCUGCAGUCACAAAUCCAGAUUACUUCUAUGUUCGUGACUCGGAAGAAGUAAAGACAGGAGUAGAGCAGACUAUACAGCGGUUCCUGGAUGUAGCUAAACAGAUGGAGAGUUUCUUCCUUCAGAAAAGGCUGGUACUGUCUGCUCAGAAGUCUGAGCAAAUGGUCAUGGAGGAUAACACAGAGCUGAAGAAUGAGCUGGUCCGCAAAGAGCAGUUGCUACAGAAGUACAAUGAGAAGAUUCACUACUGGCAAAGCCUUCUGAAUGACACAGCGAAUGCAGCUGGGCAGCAGCCACAGCCACAACCACAAGCACCUCCAGGAGGCGGCACACAGCAAGGCAUGCCAACACAGAGCCAGCAGUCUAUGCCAAUGGGUGGUGCAGCACAAGGCCUGCCAGGUCCACUGGCCUACUUGGAGCGGACCACAUCCAACAUUGGCAUGCCAGAUCCCAGGCGAUGAAGACUAGAGGCACACCAAAGUGACUGCUUACGCAUCAUCUUUCAAAAACCAUAAGAGAGUGCUGUGUGAAAUGUGCAGCUAGCUGUGGUAGGCAGUGCUCAUAAGUGCCCCAGUAGGCUUAAGACAUACUGAUUUGUUGUGAUAAUUAUUAUGCCAGUGCCCCAUCUCUGAACCACUUUACCUGUGGCAUAAAAUUCUGGCCCCCACACAUAGGCGCCGACUACGGGGGGGAGGCUCCGGGGCUCGAGCCCCCUCCGGAAUUUUCCCGGGGAAGCUGAGCCCCCCCCCCCCCCCCGCCCUUAAAAUGUUAUUACCGGAGUUCUGUUACCCACAUAAUUUGAGGAUUAUCUUGCGUUGCCUCCACAUUCUCACUUUUGUUGUGCCUUAUGGCACCAUUGUUGUCACAGACGUGCACGGCUUUUAAUUUAUACUUUCGCUUUAUUUUGGCAACUCCUGACAAUAGGAGGACAAGCGCAUUAGAAGCACCAGCGGCGGCUACCUCAUCCGUGUUUCCUCAUUUUAACAUUUUUUUUAAAUUUCUGCUGAGAACGCCACGCACAGCCACAAUAUAUUUAAAUAUAUACAAAGGACAAAGUUUAUUAUAUUUUUUUUUUAAGAGAAGGAGGUAGCCAACUAAAUGAAUAGCUUAUACCUAGAGAAUGAAUAUGUUGAUGUAUGUUCACCUCACUUCAAAUUACUUUGCGUGGUUUUUUGACACUGAAAAGAACCUGCAGACUUCAGUGACCCCUUCGGCAGAGUCUUCUAUCAACGAUGCGUGAAAAGCACGUGAGUGGUAUGUGUCUCAAUAUUGAUUCUCUUUCCAGUAGGCAAUGCUAAUGACUGGCGACAAAAUAAAAUUUAAAAAAAGCUCUUCUAAUUAUUUACAACAUUUACGCAUUAGGGAUGGAAACAUCGCAUCUUGC